CUGCAUGGUGCUGUCCUUUCAGCCAAUAAGGAGGCGGAGGUGGGGGCCACUGAGGGGGCGGAGUCAGUCCUGCUGCCCUGCAGAGCAGCAGCUGGCCUCCCCACAGGCACCACAGUGGAGUGGACCUUCUCUCAGCCUCCCAGGGUAGUCCAUGUGUUUCCAAAGCUGAGUCAGAUACAGGACGAUCUUUACUGCAGCCGCACAGAGAUGAAGGAAGACCUGCUGAGCACUGGAGACCUCAGUCUGACCCUCAGACAGCCCACAGUCAGAGACUCAGGAAGCUACGUCUGCACCGUUCACACAGGCCCAGACGUCCUGAGGCAGAGAGUGGAUCUACAGGUCAAAGCACCGUUUCCAGUCUGGAUCCCAGUCGUCUCGGUUCUUGCUGUUCUUGUUGCUGUUCUUGUGACUGGAGGCCUUUUAUAUCAUUACUACUUUCUUGGGGGUGAGUUUUUGUACAAGACGGUGGAUUCAGGUGUGGAGUCUGUCCGGCUGCCCAGCAGAGCUCUGUUUCACCAGCGUAAAGCAACUAAAGUGCUGUGGAGAGAUAAUGAUGGCUGGAAGGUCCGUGUGUCUGAGAACGGCUCUGAUCGACCUGCAGAACAGGAUGCGCCUUACAGAAACAGAACCCAGAUGAAGAAAAACUUUGAUCUAAUUCUGAAACAUCCCACAGAUAAAGAUAUGGAUUUCUACACCUGCAGCGUCUAUAACAAAGAUGGAAAAGUCUUAAUGAAGAGACAAGUGGUGCUCAAAGUCAGAGUUCCACAGGUGGAGGUGGAUUAUGUGGAGCUUUUCCAUAUACCCUGCAAAGCCUCAGUUCAGCUUCCCAGAGACGCCAAAGUGGAGUGGAGAGAUGAUAGAAACACUGUUAUUCAUGUGUAUCAGAACGGUUGUGAUAGACCUGACCAACAGCACCAGUUCUACAGGAACAGAACCAGGAUGGAGGAAGACCCUCUGGGAACUGGAGACCUCAGUCUGACUGUCUCCGAACCCAAAUACUCAGACACUGUGACCUGUAGUGUCUACAGCAGAGAGGGGGACGUCCUGAUGAGGAAACAAGUGGAUCUCAGGGUCAGAGCCAAUCACGUGGAAGUGGAGGAGGGGGCGGAGUCUGUUGUGCUACCCUUCAAAACAACCUCUGACCUGCCAGAGGACACCAUGAUUUUGUGGGAAUGGGUUAAACCAGAGUUCACGAGGGUCCACAAAUAUCAGAAGGGCUCCAACCAAACUGACCAACAGGACCAGGUCUACAGGGACAGAACCAGGAUGGAUGAAGACCCAUUGAGAACCGGAGACCUCAGUCUGACUCUGGUCCAGCCCACUGUCGGAGACAGUGGAGAGUACAGAUGCUGGAUGGAGAGCAGCAGGGUUUGGAGGAAGAUAACGGUCCACCUGAGAGUCACAGGCAGAGAUCUGGUCCAGCAUCCAGCAGAGGACAUCGAUCCAACUCCUCUGAUGGCUGAAGAAUCGGUCUGA